GAGUGCGAGAGAAUAACCCCUGGGUCCCGGGAGGUGAGUUGGCUUACUGAACUGCGCGGAAACGCCAACAAGAGGAAAUAGGGAAAUAGGUAACUGUGUCUCAUUUGUCCAAAACCGUGCUCAGGUUCUCUCCAUUUCGUCACCCAUGAUGGAAUUGAUUCAACUCCCGCGGGAACUGCUCCUGUUGAUUGCAGACAGUCUGGAGUUCCUGCGAGAUGUUAACUCGCUUUGCCAGGCCAAUCACUCUUUGUAUUACACACUCAACGGUCAUCUAUAUGAGUGCAGCGCGCGGCACCAUGAGAGCGAUGUGCUGCAGUGGGCAGCCAUUCACGGUCUUGUGGAGGUUGUGAAAACCGCCCUUCAACAUGGAGCGGAUGUCCAUACCACAGCACCUAUUCGUGGACUGAAGCUUCCAAACCGGUUUGCAUCUCAUUUCUCCCAAGAUCUUCAGUUCGAGCUUCAGAGAAACAAUGAAGCGGAGGGCCUUGCCCAAUUCUACCUCUGUCGCGGGGCGGUCACGCCUUUGGUCCUGGCCGCCGGCGCGGGAUACCAAGAUAUAGUCCUGUCUCUUCUUCAGUACGGCGUGACCAUCGAUCGGACCGGGACCACCGGUCUGACGCCGCUGAUGGUCGCUGCCCAGGGAGGCCACACCGGUGUGGUUGAGCUUUUACUGCAGAACGGCGCGGAUCUCAGUCAAACGUCAUGGCCAGUACACGACCGCACUGGAACUGGCAGCGGGAGAAGGGUACGCUGGUGUGGCAGAUGUGUUACUCCGGCAUGGGCAAGAUCCUAAUCACCCAUCCUCGUAUCCCGCACUCACCACAGCGGCAGAGAAGGGUCACAUCCAUGUAGUCCGGAUGCUGCUGG